AUGGGAUACCUGACGGCCAACGUCUUAGGCUAUUUUCUUCUGCUGCUUCUUGCCCCAAGGAUGACAGGUUCUGAAGGGUCAAGUUUUUACUUCACCAUGGAUUCUUACUCAAUAAAAAUACCAUCCGACCUACGAGUUAACGAACCAAUCGCACAGAUCUAUACACGACCAUUCACAAAUACAAACUCUUCUUAUGUACUUCGAGUGGCUGUGGAUGACCAAUCAAUUGCUCUGAGUAGGGAGGCCGAAGAGUUGUUCGCCAUUGACCAGGAAACGGGACAGAUUUACCUUCAACAGCAGGUCGAUUCCAAAGGAAAUUUAACAGGGUGGAAUUUCACGCUGCAGAUCUCGGCGUGGAGUCAACGGGAACGACCGCGUGGAGUAGCUGCGGGCGAGGCUAGGAUGACGGUGGGGGUUACAGACGGUUUGCCUCGGUGUACCUGUUUCGAUUCUACCCGCUAUGUGUUCCGGUUGAGACCGGACUCCGAACUUGGUGCCUUUGGAACAUUACGAUCCUUAUCGAGCUGCUUGAAUGCCAAUAGUGCCUCAUUCACAUACGCUUUUUUAACUGAAAACUUUGGAGAUUGGCUCUACAUCGACAACCACACUUCAGAAUUAUUUUUAAUACGUCAUCCUACGUCAUCACAAGAUGGGAGGAAUACUAUAAACGUUGUGUGCACUAUGGAAAACGCAGAAGGAGGAGGCAGCAACCAGACUCUUUCACAAACAGCCGAGGUAUUGCUGAACCUAGAGGCGGUUCCAGACUAUGACGUCAACAUUAGAGAAAACCGAUCACGGGGCGACCAUGUCGCGUGGAUCCGCUCGAAUAAUUCAGACGCAAUCAGGUGGCAGACGAUCGCUGUCACGAUGGCGGGAAAACACAAUGAUACCUACGGUGUCAACACGGUGUCGCCCAUGGCAACCACAGUCUCAUCAGGCGGGAGAGUAAUCGGCGAGAUCAUCCUCCUCCGCAUGCUGCCAUGUAACAUGGUGGAUAAGCAUACAAUCACACUACAGCUUAAAGAGGGGAACGAUACGACGAGCAAGGGUGACUCAACACGAGAGAAGGAGGUUGUCACAGUAAUAAUUGAUGUAGACAUACAUGCAUCGUUGGAGCAUCGUGUCGUCAUCAACACAAGCUUACACCGUGGUGCUGCGCAGUAUACCAGAAUUACAACGUUACAACUUCCACCGUGCAUCUCGUUGAGUACCUCACUGAGCGAAUUUAUAAACGGACAGAAUUCGCUUCCCAAGUUUCUUCAGGUGGACAAAACAUCCGGGAUAGUUUACCUUAAUGACGUCACACCCCUCAAAAACCUCAGCCUCACGUCUUACAUAAAAGAAAUAAAAAAGUUUGCCAACAUCGAGGAGGAUUUGUUUAUAACUGAAUGGGAAAUCAAUAUCGAGAUAAUUGGAGGGCUGGCGAACUGCACACUCGAUUACAACGGUUGCUCAAGUCAUAUGUCCGAGGAGGGAUGUACAAGUCAUUGCGGUUACGGCUCCCCGGACGGCGUCUGUAAAUGGAGGCAACAGGAAUCUCCUUUCCUCCGCAGCUAUGAUUUCUCCACAUGUUCGCCGGACUUUGGGACUUGCCCCAAUCGGGAAUGUGAUGGCCUGGAACGGUCGUUUCCUCUACUCUGUCCGCAGGAUUGUAUCGAGACCGUAGACGGCGGGAAUCUUCUGUUCAUGGUGACAUUGAACCACAAUGGACUUGGCAUAGCUCAAGCGAUAGGCCCUUGCUGGUGUGAUUUGUAUCCAGACUGCUAUUGUGUGGGCAUAUAUAAUGAGUCUCCAACUUCACGGGUUGAAAAUGUCACUGAUCAAGUGCAGUCUAUUGAUACAUCUAACACUGUACACCGGGCAACGACCACAGAAACAGCUCGAACGACUAGACAAGUCUUUUACAACUACAAACCCGACAGGUCAUCCGUAUUAAAUAUUGAUGAAGACCAAUGCACGAACUGUGUGUUUAUUAUAAUGUUCUGCAUCUUGGUUCUCUUCAUGGUUGUCGUGGUUGUUAUCAUCUAUACGUGGCGGGGUCGGGCUUCUCCGUUACGGCGAAUUCUAUCGGGACGAAACUACAAACCGCCGGUUAUUAUCGACGGUUCGGACUCUCGGCUAACCUCGGUGCUUUCCGAGUGCUCAGAUGACGGUGUACACCAUGUCAAUAAAUGUUCAGUGAUCCGAUUAAAAACAGAGUUCGAUCCCAAGUGGGAGUUUUCCAGGCGGAAUCUCAUACUUGAUAAAGUGCUCGGAGAGGGUGAAUUCGGGAGAGUGGUACGGGCGCAGGCACUCAGCCUACGGGGCCACACGGGCUAUACAACGGUAGCUGUUAAGAUGCUCAAAGGGUCAUAUACUUCUGAUGACCUCCAGGAUUUAAUAACCGAGAUGAAUCUUUUGAAGGAGUUGAAUCACCCUAACGUUGUCAAACUUCUUGGCGCUUCGACGCAGAAAGGUCCACUGUACGUCAUUGUCGAAUACUGCCAAUAUGGUUGCCUCCGUGACUUCCUACGUCAGAACCGCCCGAAUCCUACCUACCAAGACGACGACUGUUCGCUGAAUUAUUGCAAAGAGGACGGCAAUGACGUAGUGCUGAACAAUCGGGAUUUACUUUCAUUUGCCUGGCAGAUCUGUAAAGGAAUGCAAUAUCUCGCAAUGUUAAAGCUGGUACACAGAGAUCUGGCCGCUCGGAAUAUUCUGGUCACGGAUGGUCUGGUCAUCAAGGUGUCUGAUUUCGGACUCGCAAGAGACACAUAUGAAAAUGGUGCUUACAUCAAGACAAGUAAGAGUCGCAUUCCAAUGAAGUGGAUGGCACCAGAAUCGUUAUUUGAUAACAUAUACACCUCGAAGACCGAUAUAUGGUCUUUCGGCGUCUUGUUUUGGGAGAUUGUGACGAUGGGGGCCAUGCCUUAUCCCGGUAUGAUGUCACAUAAAUUAUGUCAGAUGCUCAGGGAAGGAUAUCGACUCGAACGCCCAGACGGAUGCGCAGAUGAAUUAUAUACGAUCAUGCAAAAGUGUUGGCAGAGCGAUCCGAACAACCGGCCAGACUUCGAUACAGUGGGCGUCAUGUUAGAGAGCAUUAUGGAGAUCAAUGCGGACUAUCUCGAUCUGUCGUGCGAACCUUUUGGCGAUUGCUUAGACAAGGAGUUGGCAAAGGGCGCCCCCAAUGAUGACAAGACGUCCAGCGCAGUACCCUUACUCCAGAUACCUACUCCAGAGUCUACGGAGCUUAUGCCUCUCAUGAAAGAGCGUCUUGAGAAACCGUACGAGAAAGAACUCAAGGAAAUAAUUGUUGAAGAGACUGAUGUGGACUCUGGACCCCUCUAUGGAGACAUUGAUUCUUGUCAACUCUACAAUAACCUGAAUUUCCUCACCGAUCAUCUGUGUAAAACAGUCAGCGAGCCCAAUUUAGGGCCCACCCGGACGUUCCAGGAGUAAAUUGCUACACAGCGCCCUCUGUGAGUAAUAUUCAUGAUGGAAUUGACCAGGAGUUAUUAUUCCCCGCAUGAAUACAGGGUGUCUCAAAAAACAUAUUAUACUUGUGAAAUGGCUCCCGAAAAAAUAUGAUUCUUGGUGAAAAGGUUUAUAUGUUUGGACUCAACUUUAGAAGACAUAAGGAUUUUGGUAAACUAAUUAAUGAUUCGCGGCGAGACAAAAUAUAUGCAUAGAAACAGGAAACAUUUUAUCUUAAUGACAUGUUGCAGAAAAACAGCCAGCUGUAACAAGCUAGCCGAGGAAUCGUUUGACCCCCCCCCCCCCCCCAACAAACAACGCACAACUUAACACCACAGAGACACAGACCUAACCUUGCGGAUCUGGUUUGUGGGGUCCAGCUUCUGUUGUUCUAAUACUCACUUUUUAAAAGAAUUCCUCUAUGGGGUCCAAAUUGGCCAAAGAUCAAUUUUGUGGGGUCCAUUUUUGUCCGUUGUGUGAAAGACCCACCAGGGCCUUCAUAAGCUAACACAUGCUAACACCUGCAAUCAGGGACCUCAUAGAGUCCCAUCUUUCGCUUGUACUGUAUUAGCAAAAGCUCACUUUUUGAUUUGUACACAUCGAGCAGUUACAAAAAAAAACUAUUACAAUUUUUUAGAUGAUAUUAAAUACUUCGACUGUUGGGUGCUGUGUUUUGAUAAGAUCAAGAUUUUGAUUGUAAAUUUUGUUUAAUUACAGGGUAUUAGAUGUUUUCAUACUCUUUGAAGAAACGUACACUUGUCAAAUUAAUUAGUGAAGAAGUCUGCUGGCAGGCCGAAAUGCUGAACUAACUGAUGAUUAUGUAGAUAAAAGGGAUAGGGAUUUGUAGUGGAAAAAAAUGAAAACAAAACUUGAUAG